AGCGUACACACCUCCUCUCGUGCGCCGCCGCUAUUGGACGCGCACUGUCUAAUGAUGUUCAACUGGAAGGCGCAGGUGUCAAAUCGAAACUACACGCAUGUAAAUAUCAUAUUCAGUUUUGGCAAGGCAAUGCUUACAGAACGCGUAACAAACAGAGUUUCGGUGAGCUCUUCCUGUUAUCAAGUUAAACAUAGUCUCUGACGAUAGUGAAUUCUGUUUAUUCAUUGAACUUGUUGUAUAAGGCAGUGAUGCCUCACAUCACGUCAGGUGUGAUCAUGCAGCUGGCGCUCCUGCUGUCAGCUCUACCUGCGCAGUAUCUCAUCUCCAAGUGGACAAGCGGCACCGAGACACAACGACACAUCGCCACUCAGAGAAUCCUUGACACAUGGGACUCCAUAAGAAAAUCCUACUUGAACACAGCUGCUUGGGUUGGCUGGCUAAAUACCUGGAUUCCCAAACUACCGUCCUUCGGAGAGGAAGAGGAGCAGUACCAAACUCUGGAAGCGCUCGCGAUUGAGCUGAUGAUGCAUGACAAUGAGCACGGAUACUUUGCAGUGUCAAAGGAGGUGCGAAGCCCCAGGCCGGCAUAUGUGCUGCACCGUGUAGGUCAAGUUGUGAUGGAGACACAGAAUCAGAUGGUGGGGGUGAUCAUGGGAUGGGAUGCAGGACUCAGAGCCCCACCAGAGUGGAUCAAGAGAAAGAAAUAUUCAGACUCAGAGCUGGAGAGAGCCAAGGACACUCCUCAUUACAGAAUUAUGUUCAGUGGACCUGAUUCUUCAUCAAUACUGAUUGGAUACAUUCCCCAGUAUAAUGUCAAGCUCUUUCAAGACUUUCAGCCGGACAUACCUACUCUAGAGCACUACUUUUCACACUUCGAUGGGGAAAGGUUUGUUAUGGAGGAAUGGUUGCAAGAAAUCUAUCCUCAUGACUGAAGGAGUGAAAACUUGUGAGAGGUUUUAAAAACACUUUGAAAUGCUUGGAAACACGCAUGAUGUCUACAACCCUUUAUUGACAGUAUAGGUUAUUUUAACGCAAUGGGGGGCUUUAAAGGGUUUGGGGGGGCAACGAACACAAAAUGCUGUAUUUAAUAUCACUUUUAUAUUUUUAGAAUAAUUUUAAAUGUCUUGCACACUUUGCAAAGGAUAUAAAGUUGUGAGGAAAAUGACUGUGAUGUUAAAAAUCAAUUAUAGAUUAAAUUAAAUGUUUUAUAAUAUGCAAUUAGAUCAAAAUCCACACAUGUUGAUCUGACUCAGAUGUGUUCUAGAAAAUUAAUUAACUUAACUUUCAGUUAAUAGGACAGGCUUUAGCCUGAGAAAAACAGAAGAAUUUGUUGUUUAAAACAGUAUUGAGAAUGUGGUACACAGUGUUCAAAGUAAAUCCAUUAAUACAAACAUGAUUUCUUA